AUGAAUUUUAUGUGUAUCAACAUAGUAAUGGGUUAUCAUAAACUUCCAGGUUUGCAUCAUUAUUGGGCAACAGCUGAAGACCUGGGUGUUAGGCCUAUUCGAGAAGCAAUGGUACGUGAUAGAUUCAUGAGUACUCUUAGUAAAUUGCACUUGAAUGACAACUCCAAAAUGAAUCCAAAUAAUAAGGAUAAGCUGUAUAAGCUAAGGCCGCUUAUUGACAGCCUAAAUAGGAUUUUUUUGGACAUAAGGUCUCCCGGAGAACAGCUAAGUGUUGAUGAGUCAAUGAUUCGUUUCAAAGGGAGAUGUAGUUUCAAACAAUAUAAUCCCAUGAAACCAAUCAAAAGGGAUUAUAAAAUGUGGUGUCUUGCAGGUAAUGCAGGAUACAUUUUCAAGUUUGAUAUAUAUACUGGCAAAGGGGGAGACACUGAGCCAAAUUUGAGGAAAGAAUAUGGUUUAGGUGAAGUUCUGAAAUUGACCGACCAUCUCAGAGGCAAAAAUCACAAAGUCUUCUUUGACAACAUUUUUACAUCUUUUGCUCUCCUAAAAGUAUUGCAAAGUUUUCGGAUUCAAGCAUGUGGCACUAUCAGACCAACAAGAAAAGAUUUUCCUUGUCUAGCAGGUGACAAAGAACUAAAAAGAGGAGACUUUGAUUACAGGUCCACACCAAAUGGUAUAAUUGCCUACAAAUGGAAGGAUAAUAAAACAGUUCAUUUAGCUUCCAACUAUCAUGGUAUUUCCCCUACAACUGUCAAAAGAACAGAGAAAUAUGGAAACAAGAUAACAAUUCCAUGCCCACAGAAACUCAUCCAUCUCUUUCAACUUCGUACAGAGCUUGCCAGAGGACUUCUGACUUAUACAAAAGAUCGUAAAGCUCGAGGAACGCCCAAGCGAAGGAAAACUGAGUACAGUAUACCAACGUCAGUUAGAUUUACCAAUACUGGGGUACAUUGGCCAAAAUUCACUCAGAAAAAGGGAAGAUCUCCAGAAGGGGAUAAAUACAUGUGUGUAAAAAUUGCCGACGCCACACGAGAGUGCUUUCACGAGCCCCGGUCACCGUCGAGUUUUAGUGGACGUGAUGUACCCCCGAGCUCAGACUAG